UUGGCAGAAUGUGGGCGAGCGUCAUCUUGCUGCAGGAUGACACCUCUUCACAGUUUUCCACGACGUUUGGAUCUGAUUGCAGGUUUUAGUUUCGUACGCAACACAUCACAUCCACCAUACAAAACAGACCUGGCUCUAAAACCUCGUUACGCUGGGGCUACGUCUUGCAACAUUGUGGCAUGCUACGGAAAUGUGGCGUGCGUCGUCUUGUAGCAUGCUACAACAGGCAACGUCUUGCGGCGUAUGUUGCAUGUGGCAGUGGCAGGUUAACUUAUACCAAAGCAACAGAAUUUGUGCCACACGUGUGUCGGUCUUGCAGUAUAAUGGAUGAUAAAGUGAUCGCAGCGGCGGCCUACUUCGUACUUGCACAGGCAGUUAACAACGGAUAUGAAAAACAAAGGAAAAGAAAACGAUGGUGGAAGGUCCACGAAAUAGUAUCCUAGGAACUAGAAGCAGACGAUGGUGCAUUAUUUAGUAAUUUUACGAGGAUGUCGACUGAAGACUUUAAUUACUUGCUGCAGUUAACUACACCUCUUAUUGUAAAGAAAGAUAACAACUGCCAAGACAGUAUUUCACCAAGAAUUCGAUGGGCCAUCACAUUACGAUUUUUAGCCACUGGCGAUCCAUACAAGUCACUAAUAUUCCAAAGGAUACUGAAGAAUGGCAGAAGGUAGCAAGAAAUUUCGAAGUGAAGUGGAAUUUCCCUCACUGCAUAGGAGCCAUAUAUGGCAAAAAUGCGCAAAUUAUGUGUCCUCCGAAUACUGGAAGUGAAUACAUCAACUAUAAAAAAACAUUCAGCAUUGUCCUUAUGGCAAUUGUAGACGCAAAUUACUGCUUUCAAUGUAUUAAUGUUGGAUGUCACAGGGACAGAAAGAGAGGGGAGGAGGAGAUUGACUUAGAGGGGGAGAGAAAUUGACCUUAGUGAAGGGAAGAGUGACAGAGAGGGUAGGAGGUGAUAGAGGAGAGAAGCAGAUGGACAGAGAGAAGGGCAGGAGAAGAUGGGGAGUGGGAAAAGUUGAUUUACCUCAUUUACAAAAUUAAUAAAUCUUCAUAUGUUGUUAAUUCACAACUUUGUAAAUGAUUCAUGUAAUAUGCGAUACUCAAACUAUAGUAAU